AUUGUUAAAAGCCAAACGUAAACAACAAUACAGGCAUGGGAAACUUUCCAGGAAAACCAAGAAAAGCCCUGGAAAAUCCUCAAGAAGAAGAAGAUCCUGACUCUAGCUUCACUUGUGAGAUUUGCAUCGAACCGACAUUGGCAAGCAAGAAAUUCAAGAAUACCAACAUUUGCAGACACCCUUUUUGCCAAGAUUGCAUAGCCAAAUACAUAGAAGUCAAAAUCCAAGACAACAAUGCGAAAAUCGAAUGCCCCGAACCAAGCUGCCAAUACCAUUUAGAUCCAUUGGUAUGCAGGCCUAUGAUUUCAGCAACCCUGUUUUCAACCUGGUGUGAUCUGCUAUGUGAGAAUUGUCUUUUAGGGUCUGAAAGAAGCUAUUGCCCCAACAGGAAUUGCUUGGCUUUGGUAGUGAAUGAGUGUAGAGGGAAUGUGAAGAAAGCUAAGUGCCCCAAUUGCAAGCAACUGUUUUGUUUUCAGUGUCAAACCGUUUGGCAUGCUGGUUAUCAUUGUGAAGAAAGUGAGCAAAUGAGGGACAGAAAUGAUGUUCUUUUUGGACAGCUUGUUGAAAGAAAGAAGUGGACUAGAUGCCCUGGUUGUGGUCAGUGUGUUGAACGCCUUCAUGGUUGCUCUGUUGUUAAAUGCAGUAGCUUUCAAACACCAAAUUUCAUGUCUGGCACAAGGCAGAAGCUAUUGCCUAUCUGCAAAUUAGGAGGUGGUUGGUGGUUGCAGAUGCAAGACGGAGUUCUGCUACCACUGUGGGAAAAAAUUAACAAGCACUGGUUGCGGAUGCAAGCACAGUUUUGGGAACAUGAUAAUGCACGUCCAUUUAUUUUAUUUCAUUAA